AGCAGACGGAGGGAGCUCAGAUUAAUUUCUGCUGGUGCUCCUGGAGGCACAGCACAUUGCGAGAGCAUAACGUGACGCACAAGGAGCCGGGACACACAUGGCUAUCAAAUGGAUUAUUCUGAAAUACACUUGUGAACUCCAACAAAGCAAGGAAAAUACAGUCAGCAGGCACACAAAGGACUUGCACAGACCCUGCAGAACUCCGCUGUCACACUGACAGAAAUAAAAGAAAAACUAAGUGUGUGUGCAUCCUUCUUAAUUCAUUCAGCUGAUAUUACACUGAACAGAGGACUUGGAUUGACAGCACUGAAGGUGUCAAUUUGGGUAAAAAUCUAACAGCUUGUUGUCACACACUGAAGUGGAUCAUAAUCACCGAGACUGACGAAAGCAAAGCGCACCAAGAGAAAAGGACACGCGUGAGAAAGCUUACCAUGCACUGACAACAAGGAAUGGAAAGCAUCAGUGUGGAAACGGACUGGGAUGGGUUAGCCCUCUCCUCUCUGGUCGCCACAGGAAGGAACAACUUCUCUUCCUCGUCUUUGUUUGUCUCUGAGCUGAACUCCCUCAAUAGUUCUCACAGCGGGGGAUCCUUCUUCGGGAUCUUCCCUGAGAAUGGUUCCACCACCACCACGCCUCACACCCUGCCCCAGCCCAGGGCAAGGGACCUGGGCCUGGCCCGGGCAGAGAUUGCAGUGCUCGGGUUGGUGCUGGCUCUUACCACCCUGGGGAAUAGCUUUGUGCUGUGGGUGCUGCUGAGGAGGAGGAAGCACAAUGCUCCGAUGCAUGUGUUCAUGGUCAACCUGUGUGUGGCUGACUUGGUGGUGGCCCUCUUUCAGGUUCUUCCGCAGUUAAUCUGGGACAUCACAGAGAGGUUUCAGGGGCCUGACUUGCUCUGCCGGUCCAUCAAGUACUUGCAGAUUGUGGGCAUGUUUGCUUCCUCUUACAUGAUAGUUGCCAUGACAGUAGACCGGCACCAUGCCAUCUGCUGCCCGUUGCAGGCUUACCGUGGGGGAGCAAUGUCCCGCUGGAACACCCCUGUCAUGGUGGCCUGGGGCUUGGCCCUAGUCCUCAGCAUACCGCAGAUGUUCAUCUUCUCUCGCUCAGAAGUGGCUCCUGGAGAGUAUGAGUGUUGGGGCCAUUUUGCUGAGCCGUGGGGUCUGAAGGCCUACGUCACCUGGAUGACCGUGGCAGUCUUCCUCCUGCCCGCCCUCAUCAUUACCAUCUGUCAGAUAAGAAUCUUCAGAGAGAUUCACAAUAACAUCUACCUGAAGUCAGAGAGAAUGGUGAUGGCUGAGUUGAAGAAGAGCGAAAUCCUCUUCCGCUUCCACGGAUUUAAGAAGGAGGAUGAGCGGGCCAGGGAGAGGGGGAGACGGUCGUCAGGAGGAGGGGGCAGGGACGGGAGAGGAGGACAGCUCUUAAAGGGUGUGAAUAACAACCCUCACAAUAAUAGCCAAGUGGGCGAGUGUUACGACUAUGUACCAGCCGCUAUUCAAUAUAACAGCUGCCCUGGUGAACAUGUGACAACAACAACAUCACCUACACAGCAGCAAACACUGAACAGCUCAGAUUGCCAGGAGUCCUACACGUCCUAUGAGCUGACCUCAGGCUCACCUCGUUGCUCCCUUGACUAUGCCCCCCCUCACCCUCCAGCCACUCCGCCUCCGAGCAUCACGAAAGCCAUGUCCAAGACAGUGAGAAUGACCCUGGUCAUCGUACUGGUCUACACUAUCUGCUGGUCACCUUUCUUCAUCGUCCAGCUUUGGGCGGCCUGGGACCCCAACCCUCCAGACCAAGGAGUGGCCUUCACUAUCCUGAUGCUGCUGGCCAGUUUGAACUCGUGCACCAACCCGUGGAUCUACACAGCUUUCUCCAGCAGCGUGUCCAGAGAGCUGCAGAACCUGCUGCACUGUCGGUCGGGACCUGGCCGCCGGGGCUCCCUGCCCGACGACUCCACCACCACACACACCUCCACCACCAAGGACAGCCUCUAUUGACGGAGACUGAUGAGACAGAAACAAAGAGACAAACUUGAAAUGACAUGCAUAUGUGUAUGUGGACCCAUUGCAAGGACAUGUUAUUGCACACAACUCUGUCACCACCACUACCACCGCCUCCAGCGUCACAGCCUGAGAACA